AUGGGAAUUUCUUUACAAAAUCACUUUAAUCAAUGGUUGAAGUACAUUGAAUGCCAGACUCAUCAUGUGUCUCAAUUAAAAGGUAUCCUGUUUGAUUUUAUUCAAUGUGUUAACAGGUUUGGCUCCUUUUUAGGACGUCCUAAAAAGUUUAAACAAAACAAUAUUUUUAUUCGUGAUGUAGAAUCAAUAUUUGCAUUAUUUUUAAAUAUCUUUUUACUCAAAAAUCAUCACUUGAUUGGUAGGGAGCCAAUAGAUAAAUUUAAAUCAUUUAUAGAUGGCUCCUUACGAGAUAGAAAAGAUAUAAAAGUUAUUUUUAAUGAAUAUUCUCCAACAAAAUUUUUAGUAUUAAAUCAUAAUAUAGUUGUAUAUUGUAUAUAUAGAUUAUUGCAAAGAAAAGAAUAUGUAACAGAAAAAAUAAUUCAAGAUAAAUUAUACAGAGAAAAGAACAGGUCCGAUUAUUUCAAUAUUCAAAGGGAUUUUAAUUUAAAAAAAUCAAAACAACUUAUUAAAAAAGAUAUAGAAGAGUUCAUGAAAAGAAACAACAUCAAUAAUGAACUCAAUAAUAAUAAUAAUCUAUUCAAAUCAACAACAGAUCAUAUGACAAGUCAAUUCACCACUGCAAUAAUGAAUCACUUCAACUCUCAUAUUAUGUUAAUGUUGAAUCAUAUCAUGAAACAACUAAAUAUAUUUCUAAAAGAAAUCUUCAAUAUAAAAAACAACAACCAUAAUAAUUCAGAUAUUCUAAGAUUUCUUUCUGAAUAUCAUUUGAUUGGAUUUUUGUCAAAGAAACAAUAUGAAGAGUUGGUUAAAACCUACAACAGAUGUAAAACCGAUCCAGCUUUUCAACAUAAAAUCAAUCAACUUGAUUGGACUUUUGAAUCUAUUCAGUAUUUUAGGGAAUACGAUUUCCAACAAGUAUCUAAAUUUCAAACCACAUCAAAGCAUAGAGAGUUGGGACUCGAUCAUCUUUUUAACAGAUGCUUAAAAGUUGUAAUGAAGAAUAAAGAUAUAUUGGAUUGUGAUCUUACCAAAUCUUUUUAUCUAUACAAAUUUCUAUUGGAGAUAGAUAAAGAUUUUAAAAAUAUUUCAAAUGAUAUUUUAAACGAUUGUUCUAGGAUUUUAGAGCGACUCCAACGGUUUGAUAUUUACAAGGAUUUCCCAACUACGAGUCAUGGGUUCUAUGGUUCGGACUACUUUACCAAGAUCAGUAAAUUUCUACACGAAGUAGAUAGACCAUUCGGGUACUUUCUGGCUAUGGAUCCACAGCUUGAGGAAUAUUCCUAUUGGAAUAUUCGUGCUUCCGAGAAUUGCAAUUCUCAUCAACCAACCGAUGAGAUCAUGCUUGAUGCUCCAGCUCAGUCUAUCUUUGAUAAUGAUACUCCAUUGAUCACACAAUUGAAACAAGGUUUUGAAAAGAGACACCAAUUUUUCAAGUCAAGCAAAGCGGAAACAGAUUUUAGUAUACUCUAUCAACAAUUAGAAAAAUUGGAUAUGCCAGAAAAUCAAUACAAGACACAAUUCAUUGAAGAAGCAAUAGAAGAGUUUAUCAAACAUCUCGACAACUUUUAUGAUAGAUCCACUACAAGGAAUCAAUAUAUGGAAAGAACAGAAUUAUUUAUACAACAAUUAAAUCAAUUAAUCAAUCUACCGGUCCUUAAACAUUUAUUUAUCAACCCAAUCGAUGGACAACCAAUCAAUUCUAAUACAACUCCAGAUGUACUUAUAGUUACACUCUCUCCCUACGAAGUAGACCAUGAACCGCAAACCACAAAACCUCGUGCCAGCAAAGGUUCUGCCACUGUGUUCCUAUCCAAAGAACAGCUAAUGAAACAGGAUUUCAUUUCAUUCUUAAAGGAAGAGCUAGAACGUGGAAACCUUGAUAUCGAUCAACUUUUGGCUAGAGGAGUAUUAGGUCCUUCCAUUAUCCCUCCAAUUCAACCGUCAGAAGAUUAUCUUUGUCAUGGUGGUGAAGCGUAUUGUGUGAAUCUUCUCCCAAUGUUAUCACCAUUAAUUGAACCAAACUGUCCAGCUGAAGAGAGAUUGAAAUCUGAAACUGCUUUGAACUUGUCAGCUCUUGCCCGCUACAUGAAUGGUCAUUGUUCAUUUUCAUGGACCGAGCUCUGGCCUAUGAUGGUAAAGUCCAUUUAUGAUAUUGGCUAUGUAUUUGACCCACUGUUGGAAAGACACUUAUUAUGGUUACUGCAAUAUCAAAGUCCACCGACCAUUAUUUUAUCUGGUAAAAGAGACCUAAUCAUUUUGUCAAAUCUUAUCAAAAACCACAAGUUACCGGUACAUGUAGUCGAGCAACAACUUUGGAAUUUUAAACUCUUGGUUUCAAUCGGUGGAAAGGUAAAGAGAAUAUUUGCUACCAAUCAUGCCUCAUCUCUAAGUCCUUCCUUGACCAAGUUCUUCCAUGAGGCAGUAGACGGUCUUUAUCCUGACUCUAUGUAUUUAUCAGACUCGGAUCUAGAGAUAGUGCCAUAUCAAGUAGUAAUCUCGGAUAAAGUCUCUGAUAUAGUAGCAGUCUCAGAUCAAUUGCCAGUGUCAGGUCAAUUGAUAGCCUCAGUCUCAGACCAAAUAUCAGGCUCCAAUCAACUAUCAGAAUUAUCCAAUCAAUUGUCAGUCUCUGAUAGUAUGAUAAUCCCUGAUCAACUAUCAGUGGUCUCUGAUAAUGAAUCUGACGAUACUUUAUUAAGCUAUUCAGAUCUUGAAUCGUCCGAUGAUUCAUCUGAUUCCGACCUUGUACCAGUCCAAUACCGAGAGUAUCCGGUGUAUCGAGUACGAGUACCUGACCAAGUAGCAAACGAUCAAGCGCCUACUGUAGACAAACCAGAGACAGAGAAAGAGUUUUUAGGUAGAAAGCGAAACCUUUUCCUUCAAAAAGAAAAGCCUUGGAUUCCUAGGAAGCCGAGAUCGCCUAAUGUACCAAAGAUACCAAGGCAUUACUGGAAAUCAUUUGAAAAGAAACUCCUAGACUAUAGCGCCUCCUACCACUAUUCUUUGCUGCCAAUUUUCAAAGGAUAUGAACUAAAGUUAUUAUUGUAUAAACCAAAGGAUGUGGAUCAAUGGUUAAAUCUCCAAAAGUUGAAUAAGUUGUGUGGAAAGAAACUAUCAGAGGUGAAUCACUACAUGACCGAUGCUGUAACAUUCAAUUAUUCUUUUAAAAGCGAGUCAACAGAUAAUACCAAAAGCAGCAGUAAGCUAACUGUAAAUUGUCCUGUCAAAUUAAAGUGUCCAGUGGCAGUAGAUCCAUCUCCAUUCAAAAAUCUAUAUCUAAACAAGCAGUUAGAGUAUAAUUUUGAUGGUGAGAAACAUUGCAAAGACCUCAAGGAUUCUGUAAUGGUUCUCAAAAGUAAAAGUCACAGAUAUCACACCGGAUCUAGCUUCACCAAUUACAAAAGAAAAAGGAACUUGGGUCCAAAGCUAUUAGAGUUUGAAAAUAAUGUUCCUUCUCUGAAAUCUUCCAAAGAGAACGAUAUUCUUUCAAUUCAGACCUACGAGAUAUAUAUAGACUUUAGAUAUAGUCACGAGAACUAUAGCACUUUCGCAGAAUAUAAACUUGUCAGAGGUGGACCAGAAUUCACAGAACAACACCUAAGAUCUCUACAGAGGAGAAAAAUAGCAAUGAAUUGGAGGAAUAGAAGAAUUUUUAAUCACGCAAUCAUGGCCGUGGAUAGAAAAAUUGGAGAAGAAAAAGCAAAGAAGACAGGAGAUAUCAACGAUAUAAUAAAUAUCAACAACAACAAGAAUAAUAACAUUAGUACAAGUAAAGGUAGUAGUAGUAGCAUUGGUAGUAGUAGUAUUAAUAGUAAUAAUAGAUUCAGUAUAUUAGAAUAUGAAGAUAAUAAUAAUAAUGAUGAUGAUGAUGACGACGAUGACAACGAUGAUAAAAAGAAAAUGAAAUUAAGAGGAAAAUCAUAUUAUAAAUAUAAGCAACAAGAAAUCAACUACUACAACUUCCAACUCGCACUUUAUAAAUUAUAUAAACUAUAUCCCAAUGAAUUUCUACCAUAUCCACCCCCACAAUCACUUCCUAAUAGAAAGCGUACUCAUACCAACAAAAUCAAUGAUCAACUGUUUCCGAUUGUCGAGUACGGAAGGUCCAGUGGAAAUACAGAUAUUCAUGAGCUCCUGGUGGAUAUCGAGGAAUGGUUCCGAGACAAGUUUCAGAAAGCUAAUGGUUGGGAAAAGAUAUUAGGACCAUUCCUAACAACAAAAUCAUCUAAAUUAUUUAGCACACCAUCAACUACAACAACUUCUACGACAACAACAUCAUCGGCAACUACUAUACCAACUACAAUCACACCUCCAACUACAACAUCUUCAACAACUACACCAACAACUCCUACAGAUAAGUCCAAAUGUGCAAACCGUAGACACGAUUCAGUUUAUAAGGAUCAACCAUUGGGAACAGUUCCUGUAUUUUUCAAAAGUGGUAAAGUAACCAAGACAUGCAAGCUAUGCCUCGAUUUCAUAGAUAAAGAAAGAAAAGAAAAGAAGAAGAAAGAAGAAGAGGAAGAGAGAAGAAAGAUAGAUGAAGAUGAAGAGGAAGAGGAGGAGGAAGAAGAGAAACAGAAAGAUAGAAAAAAAGGACGUAAGUGGAAAUGCAAGAACUGUGGAAUAUACAACAACUAUUAUGUAGAUGAGGCAUUCCAAGAUCGAGAUCGUGUAUGGUUGGCACAUUGCAACAAUUGUAAUGAAAUCAAGUCUGUCUUUUACGACAAAGAAGUGGCUGAACGAUAUGCUUUGAGACAAAUAUUUAUCUAUGGUAAUGGUCCUGGACACCUUGGGUAUGUCAAAGGUAUGAAAGGAGUAACCAGUGCACCAUACAUUUCCAAGGAAACAGAGUCUCUUCAAAAGUAUAUUUUCUCAGUUGCUGGUGUUAAGGUUGACCUACUCAUCGUAGAUGAAUAUAAUACAUCCAAGAUGUUUGCUCCAAAGCUCAUUGAAAAUGAGCAGAUCUAUUUGAUGAACAAAUCACACUAUGAAAAGUCAAAGGUGCAAAACUAUAUUAAACAUACAUCUUGGUCACCCAAUAGUCAACAAACAGAGUCAAAGCUGAGAUACACUCGACUGAUGUACAUCUUGGAGGAUGGUGAAGCAGUCUAUAUCAAUCGUGACGUAAAUGGUGCUGGUAAUAUCUUAUUAGUGGGUAUGCGUCAAAUUCAAGAUUCAAACAAUGAAUCAAGGUUCACACUGCUGAUGAAAAAAAAAAGUGAAUCAACUACGGGUAAGGAAUCCGUCGAUAAUUAUUUGUUCGCUGAUAAAUAA